UAGAUACCCGCGGUUAUUUCGAAGUUCAAGAAUCUCUUGGUCGAAAUGCGCAGGACGGACUCGCCUGUUGCUUCAAACGGUUACCGAAACAGUGUAUCACCUAGAGGUCGUCGAUAUAGUCGAUCUAGAUCUCGUUCAAAAUCACACUCACGUCGAUACAGAAGCCGGAGCGGUAGUCGUGACUUUUAUCGUCGCAGCCCUGGCUACGGAUAUCGCAGUUCAGGCCGAAAGAGGUUUCUUGGACCACGCGAAAAUCCUACUCCUUCCAGAUGCCUUGGUGUUUUUGGGUUAUCUCUUCACACUCAAGAAAGAAACCUGUAUGAUAUUUUUUCUCAAUAUGGAAAUAUUGAAGAUGUACAAUUAGUUUUCGAUAACUACACAGGUCGCUCACGCGGAUUUGGUUUUGUAUAUUUCACUCACGUCGCUGACGCAAAAGCUGCAAAGGCCGAUGCACACGGAAUGGAAAUUGAUGGUCGACCUAUUAGGUGUGAUUUCAGCAUCACUGAAAGACCACAUUCGCCCACUCCUGGCAUAUACAUGGGACGACCAUCAAGACGCCCUAUUCCUCGGAGACGAAGUAUUUCCCCACGUGGACGCUAUUCUCGUUCAAGGUCUCGUUCGCGUAGCUAUGAUCUUGUGUGAAUGUCAAAUAAGAAAAUAGAAUACUCUAAUGUUAAGAAAUUAUACAGAAGAGUAAUGAAAACGAAGAACUGACAUGAAGUAAUUCCGAAAUAAUUAUAUGUGGACAAGGAAAUUAAAUAACGAGAAACUGAGAAUUUCGCAGAACCUGAACGCUGUUACUGAACCCAGUCAUCUGUUCACUGGAUUUAAUUUAGGCGGUCCGCUCCUACCGAAUAUUUCUAACGAAACUACUCAUUUCGACAGAUUCGUUCUGAUGUAUUCGACAUAUCAUAGCCUUGUGGUGCUCUAAAUUCCAUGAAAAGAGGUGUUGUAAGUCAUUCGAUCGCAGUCUCUGUAUGAACUUUGGAAGGGCUAGUGAGAAUGCCUAGGCGCAUGCUAUCUGAACUCAUUCGAAUCACAAGAAACCUCAAAAUAAUAGUUUCAGGAUUACUGGAUCUUGAAUUGAAUAAGAGAAAUAAAAUAACGAUCUGAAAUUUAUAUUAAGGCAAUUUGCAUCUGUACUAUGAAUUUCACUCGGCAAUCCAUUCACUAAUACGAAAACAUUUGAACAUGAACCGAUUGAUCGUAAGUUUAUUCGUUUGUCUUUUUUAGCUAUUCGAGGUAUGCGUGAUCAAGACAGUUACAACUUUUUGGGUUAUCAAUGUAAUGCAUGCAAUCAUCAAGACAAAGCUUUUAUGACCAUUGAUUGUUGUAAUUUUGCAAACUAGUACAUACAAAAAUUUAAGGAUUGACAAAGGUAACAAAGAUGUAGCGUGUCCCUUCCGUUGUCGGUAGUCCUUCGUGCAAAUGAGUCACUCUUCCUGGACUGACCACUGCCCACCCGACACGUGUAUCAACGAUUGAACAGUUGUAACGAUUGUAGCGUAUGCCACCUCCCUGCAAAUGAAAGUAAUAGGUUAAAGUAUCGGUCCAAUUAAGCACUGUAUUCGUGUUAAAGAUUACUCACUUUAUAGUCUUUUCCAGGCUGGUUUAGUCCAAUAUUGAGUGUGUAGGAAGACGCAUCAUGAUGAGGUCUCAACGCAGGUUGUUCGUCUGGCUUGUAUCUAACGACGAAAUUCAUACGUGCCCAUGGCUACAACAGUUUAAUAGCGAAAUAACAGUAUUAGCGAGACAUAAAAUAGGUAUAUAAUUUUAACCUUCACAUUGGUGCUUGGGAUUACCUACCUUGUCAUCAUAUCCUUGGAAGAUUUUCUUUUGCAUUUUAUGCACGUACUUUUCUAGAACAUAAAGCCAGUUUUCCUCCCAAUCAAUUUGGCGCAUGUGAAUAUCCCUAGUUGGUACAUUCUCGUAACCGCCUUCUAAUCUUGGAUCAUAGUUAUCUCCUGUUGACCACUGUCCAUAGUUCUCUACUUCUUCAAUAAGAUGUUUACAGAAAGUUUCUGAUACCAGAGGAAACCAAAAUACGUCUGGACAUGGUUGUGCAAUGUCUGUCAUUGUCACUUCAGGUUUUGCAAAGUCGAAGUAUUGUGGGUGUAUAUAUUUUUCUUCCCAGUCCUGUUCAAUUUCGAAUAAUAAUCAAAAGUUUAUGGUUGUAAUAUAUAUGAUAAGCAGUAAUCGCAGUUUGUGACGUUAAUAGUUAACUACAAUAUAAAACAGUUGUCAUCUUUGUUUUUCCACGCAGUUUAUAACUAUGAAUGUUGAUUCUGAUAAUGGGCAGAUGGCAUCACUGAUUUCUGUCAGAAUGUUUUCCCUUGUAGAUUCGUUUUAGCGCUUUAUUGUUCCUGUGAAUUCUUAUGCAUACAAACAUUAUUAUGGAGAAAAUCCAUUUGGUGAAGCGAUUUGAUGGAACUCUAACUUGUAACUGGUUUUUUGUGCAAUUAAACACAUCGUACAAUUUUCACAAAUAUAAUUUUUGUCUAUGAUAAA